CUUUUCGGUCAUUCAUAUAUCGUGUUCACUCUUCUUUACAUCAUUUGUCAUAACAUAACACCACCCUGUGUGCGAGAAAGGCGCUAUAUGGAUGAUUAUUCUUCUCUGUGUAACCAAAUGACACCGCUAAAGCGUUAGCACGACGGCAUAUAUGAUGUAGUGCGCUCCAUGAGAUUUCCCUGAAGCUGCCCGUUAUUUUUGGGAGGACGCUCCGCCCAUUGACAGGCGAGCGGAGAGAGAGAGAGAGAGAGAGAGAGAGAAACAGAAAGAGAGAAAACUCGCUUUACUUUCACAGCCGGGCUCAUGUUCAAGCUGCUGCAGUCGGACGAAGCUGACGGAAAAGUGUCGAAGUCGGAAAAACCGAGCGAAGUUAUUUAGCUUGCUAAAUAGUAAACAACAUGGCGAGGACGCAGUAGCGUAGGUAGCAGAAUCAGACUGCUGUAGUCAUUUAACUAACUAGAGGUGAAGUGUGAAACUGCCUUGAAUAUAUAUAUAUAUAUUUCUCUCUCCAAGGGAGCUUUGAGAUCAUCACUAUGGCAGUUGAGAAGUCUUCGGGGAAAGGAAAAAAAGCGUGGAGUUCGUAAGAAACGGCAACCUUUCUGGAAACAGAAGCGUGAUUGUCUGCUGAGACGAUGAAGAGUUUACACUGCGUUGGUUGUCAUUGUAACGGAUUGGACAAGUCUCUGUGUCGAGCAGGACACUUCACGUUAACGGAGGGAUUGCCUCUAAGGAACUACACUAUUAUGUUAAUAUAAUAGAAACGUCCCCCAGAAGGGAAGUGUUGGCCGGCUGGAGUUAAGGGACACUCGCUGGUUUUGCUCCGUCUUGAGUCUUGAGGAUGUCCGGACGCGUGAAAGGUCGCAUUUAUGUGCUUGAGGUCGUACAGUACUUAAACACACUGUGUUAUUGCAUUGCAGUGCUCCCCGGGUAUUUCACUCAAUCCAGCAAACCUUUAGUAUCUGUUUCCUCUUAAAUGAUCACCUGUGCUGAUCUGAUCAUGGCAUUGAGGUCUAGAAAAGCGUGGACGAAUGUUAUGGUCGGGCUUUUGCUCGGGUUCACUGCAGCAUCCUGGCUCCUGGUGCCCCGGGUCACUGAGCUCAAAAAGACCUCCAUGUGCUCACCGUACAGUCUGGGUAAAGUUUCCGAAAUAGUAAGAACGCCCAUAACAAGCGACGCCUGGCCCGACAGCCAGCGCAAAGCAUCUUCCAGAAGCUACGAAGAGGAGGAUGAGGACCAAAGCGUGGACAAGCCAAGCCAUGGACGACCCAUUCCCCAUCCCAGACACUUCCUCUACGUUGGAGUCAUGACUGCCAAAAAGUAUCUGGACUCAAGAGCAGUGGCCGUGUAUAAGACAUGGGCGCCGAGCGUCCCAGGAAAGGUGGAGUUCUUCUCGAGCCACGGCUCGGACUCCGUGCCACUUCCUUUCCCGCUGCCGGUGGUCUCGCUGCCAGGCGUUGACGAUUCGUAUCCACCACAGAAGAAGUCCUUCAUGAUGUUGAAGUACAUGCACGAUCACUACCUGGACAAAUACGAGUGGUUCAUGAGGGCGGACGAUGACGUCUACAUCCGAGGUGAAAAGCUGGAGCUCUUCUUGCGCUCGCUCAACAGCAGUAAGCCUCUGUAUCUGGGACAGACAGGUCUAGGCACCACAGAAGAACUGGGCAAGUUGGCACUGGAGCCUGGAGAGAAUUUUUGCAUGGGUGGCCCGGGCAUGAUCUUCAGCCGAGAGGUGCUGCGCAUGAUGGUGCCUCACAUUGGCACCUGUCUGAGGGAGAUGUACACGACGCAUGAGGAUGUAGAGGUGGGCCGCUGUGUCCGGCGAUUUGGGGGAACCCAGUGCGUCUGGUCAUAUGAGAUGCAGGAGUUGUUCUAUGAAAACUACGAGCACAAGAAAGGCUUCAUUGAGGAACUGCACAGCAGCAAGAUUCACAACGCUAUCACUCUGCACCCCAACAAGCGUCCAGCUUACCAGUACCGUCUGCACAGCUACAUGCUCAGCCGGCAGAUCUCGCAGCUGCGCUAUCACACCAUCCAGCUGCAUCGUGAGAGCAUGAGCAUGAGCCACCUCAGCAACACGGAGGUACAGUGGGAGGACCAGCAGCUGGGCGCGCCCCCUUCCUACGCCCGCUACCAGCCAGCCGAACGAGCAGACGUACUCGAGUGGGAUUUCCUUAAUGGGAGGUACCUGUACUCUACUAGCGAAAAGAACAUGCCUCGACAGGGUCUCGGAAACGUGCUGCGCUCUGCCUUAGAGGACACGGUGCUCCAGGUGAUGGAAAUGAUCAAUGAGAACUCCAAAGUCCGAGGCCGUGUCAUUGACUUCAAAAAAAUCCAGUAUGGUUACAGGAGGGUGAAUCCUCUACAUGGUGCCGAGUACAUCCUGGAUCUUAUGCUGCUCUAUAAGAGGCACAAAGGACGAAAAGUGACAGUGCCAGUCCGGAGACAUGUCUACCUGCAGCAGUCCUUUAGUAGGCCUUACUUUAAUGAACCUGAGCAGCUAGAUGUUGCUGAACUAGUGGAGGCAAUCAAUAGUGACUUCCAGUCUUUUUCGCUUCUCUCGAAUUCACUCAAGAUCUUUUACCCUUUUCAGUUUUCAGAGUUGAACAGGGAAACACGAGAGCAGGGUCAAAAGAAGCUGCACAUCCUCGUACCGCUUACAGGCCGUUAUGAUACAUUCGUGCGUUUCAUGGACAACUUUGAGAAGGUCUGCCUUAAUUCUAACCAGAAUGUAAAACUAAUCAUCAUCCUGGUGGAUAAUGAUAGCAACCAAGACAAGGAGAAGCAUUUGGACUUGAUUAAGGACUACCAUAAUAAAUAUCCCAAAGCAGAUCUGUCUGUAAUACCAAUGACAGGAGAGUUUUCUAGGGGUCUCGCCUUAGAAAUGGGUGCCUCUGGCCUUAAUAAUAACUCCCUGCUAUUUUUCUGUGAUGUGGAUCUGGUCUUCAGUAGUGACGCACUCCAGCGAUGUAGAGACAACGCCAUUGAAGGGAGACAAGCCUAUUUUCCUGUCGUGUUCAGCCAGUACAAUCCCAAAAUCGUCCUGGCUGGGAGCCAUACUGAAGACAGCAACUUUGUCUUCACCAAAAAAACUGGCUUCUGGCGAGAUUAUGGCUUCGGCAUCACCUGCAUAUUCAAAGGCGACUUGCUAAAAGCUGGAGGUUUUGACACUUCGAUACAAGGCUGGGGGCUGGAGGAUGUCGACUUGUUCACAAAGAUCAUUAACUCCGAUUUAAAAGUGUUCCGUUCACAAGAACCCGGUAUAGUGCACGUGUUUCAUCCUGUCCAAUGCGAUACUAAUCUAGAGCCCAAGCAAUACAAAAUGUGCCUGGGGUCCAAAGCGAGUACGUAUGCAUCUGCGAUGCAGUUAGCCGAACUGUGGCUGGAGAAACAUUUAGGCGUAGGAUACAGGAACAGAACUUCCUCCUGACAUGCCAGCAAUCUGUCAGUGUCACUGGAGAUUACCUCAGUUCCUCAAUACCUGGACGCAAAAGACCGAUUGUGUGUGUGUGUGUGUGUGUGUCUAAAGUGGAAGAAAGUGUGUGAAAUUAAAGGUACUCUAGCAGCGUUUGGCGCAGCAUAUUUAUUUGUGCAGUUGACUCUUUCACAGCGUCUUCCAAAGGUCAUUUAGGAAAAUGUUAAUGCCAUUUGUUUUGUGCUCAUUGUUGAAAACAUGAAAUCUGCUGAUUUACUCAGGAGCAUAUUUCUCAUCACAAGACCACCGUGUGUGAAUGUUCAGUAUUAUCCUUGCCAUUAAAGCUGAAUGAGAAGUGCUCUUGUUUCCAGGUUAAAGUGGACACAAACACCACCAUGAAUAAAUAAAUUAUUAAUAAAUUAAUAUAUUCCCAUGGGGACAAUAUUAACGAAAGUACCAUAAAUGUGCUUUAAAGGGGGACUGAAGAAAACAUUCUUUGUACUAUUAAAAUAUUUUUUAUUUCUGCAGUAUUUUUAAAGUUACUGUAACUUUUAUUUUCUAGUUGCAAUAGGAUUAUUAUGUUAAGGUACUGGUUGCCUUCCAAUAUUUUUUCUGUAUUCAGUCUUUUAUCUUAUGUUAUUUUUGUGAGGCUUUGCUGUGGCAAACAAAGUGCAUCUCUUAUUAUUGUUGCUUUGUGAUAAAAUAAGCUUUUUUUGGUUGAUUAUUUAUAAUAAAUGUUGAAACGCAUAAACCUGUGUUUCAUCCCUGGUCA